AUGACAAACCAUAAUGUGUUCAUUCCUGUACCGUCCGACUUGGAGAAAUUAAUAAAAGCAAAUAAAACACAAGCAUUGCAAAAAAUUGUCUUAUAUCCAUAUAACGAGCAAAAAUUCACGAUAAAAUAUGACGAUAAGGAAGUUGCUGAAGAUGAGCAUCUAUACAAAAAUAUUGCCAAAAACUUUUCAUGGCUAUCUGGGCAACUUAAAAAUGAGAGAUUGAGAUACAAAAGAAAGAUUGGAAAUAUUCCAGGAAUAGAAUCUUCUUAUUUAUUUGAUACAAGUUCUCCACAUUUAGAUACAGACACAGAUAGUGAUGACGGUAUCUCGUCUGAUGAAGAGUGGAAAACUCGUAAAGAUAACAGGCACAAUGAUUCUUUUCUUUUAAGCAUAGCAAGCAGAUGCAAAAAAGUUAACGAAAAAAAGGGUCUAGAAUCAUCAGAUGAUGAAACUGGUGAUUUAAUGUGCGAAUCUGUACAAAGACAAACAGAAGAAAAACUAUCGGAUACUACAGCAAGUGUGAUAGAGGACAUGGAAAAUUCUAAUAAUAUAGACCAAGCACUAUUAUACGAUUAUUUCAAACCAAGAAGUAUCAAACAUAUUAAGAUAACCGAUAUUGAGAAAAUGAUGAUACAAAGUGAAAAGGAAAAUCUUUUCGAUUGCAAAUUAGAUAAUGUAUUAUUAAAAGCACUCGAAAAAUCAAGCUUCCUCGAUUACCUUCAGCUAGUGUCUAGGGUAUCAAAAAAAUCCAAGACUGUCCCUAGAAGUUUUUUCAAAUCGGUUAUUCAGUGGAAAACUUGGAUUGAAAAUAGAUACAAUCUAUGUUUCUAUGGCGUUGGGUCAAGUAGAAAUAUACUGAAGCUUGUAGCUAAAUUUGUGCUAAGGGAUGGACACUGUCUCAUGAUUAAUGCCUACAAAAAUAAAGGAUCUGAUUCUUUUUUAUUCUGGAACUUUUUAAAGAGGCAUGUCUGUGUUAGCAAAAGUAAGAUGAAAAGGAGUCAGAUAAUAAAGGAAGUCGUGCAAAAAAUCAAGCAAAGACAAACACCAUUUUACUUGUUAAUAGAUGGACUCGAUGAAUUCAUAUUGAACAAUGGGUUUGAGGAUAUAAAGCCCUUAAUACGAAUGAAAGAGGUUUUGGUAAUUGGUUCGAUAGGGCACCUAAAGAAUGGUUCAAUUCUCUAUAUUCUCAACAAAUAUCUUAUGAAUUACAAGUUCAUAUAUUGCGAUAGCGGAGUGGAUUACAGAAGCGAGCUAGUUUCGUUUUGGGAAAAGAAUCCACCAAAGUUUAUAGUAAAUCAUGAGAUCCAAAAGAGUGCCACUGAAGUACAAUCUGUUAUAGAAGCCCUAAGCCACAACCACAGAAAACUAUUCUCUUUGGUUGUACAAAUACAGUCUGAGAUGAUGAAUAACGAAACCAAAUUCAUUGGAAUCGAGAAAACAAGUAUAUUGCGCGAUCCUAGGGCAAUUACGAUAUGCCAUAACGAAAAUAAGCUAGACAGUCUUCUGACUGAAUUUAUAACCCAUGACGUAAUAGAGCAAACCAGGGGGGCUAGUGGGAAGUUAUACCUAAGAAUACCAUUUUCAUUGUAUGUUUCUCUGCUUUCUUUCAAUACAAUUUCACAUAGACACACUCUCGAAAAUUUCACAUUUUAA